AAAACCCAAAUGGGGUGGCUUCAAUCCCUCUUCUCCCCAUUGAAGAAGCUCUGGUUCCGCCUCCACGCCACACCCAGCAAAAGAAGAGGGAUAUACAUUUUGUACGAUGAUGUGAAGUCGUGCCCGUACGAAGAUGUUCAUGUUCUGUGGUCGAUACUGGUGGAGGCCAAUUCCCCUCUGCAGCCACAGCAGCAGCCAUCAAAGCAGCAAUGAGCAAGAGCAGUAGUAUCAUUGCAGAACUGCACAUUGGAUCGCGGCGGAAAUGACACAUGCAUUCGAGCUCAACCGUACCCUCAUCUUUGUACAUAGUAACAAUAAUUAAACCGUAUUUAUAUUCGUGUUUUAUUAAAAUAUACACAGACAUUAGGAAUGCUCUAUCUUUUUUGGUCCUUCCCCUGUUUUCUUUGCUUUCCCCUGUUCUUGUAUAUGCUUUCCUACUGGCGUUUUUGGGAUCUUCCAUUGAACAUGCUUAAACGGCAGUGAAACCCUAAAGGGGAAUUUGGUGGGUAGGAAUCAUGGGGGAAAUUGUGUUUCUAGAUUCCUUCUUGUUCUUCAAAGUGAGCUGUGCUCUGUCUCUCU